AUGUCGGUGCCAUCAGGUUUUCAAAAAAGUGCACGUCCUGGCAGACCUCCGAAACGAAGCCCAUCGAUUCACGCCAGUCCAGAAACUAUCGAGAAAUUGAAGAAGAGUCGUCUGGAUGGAAGCGACUACCAGUUUGACCCUAGACUUUAUGACCGCAAAGCAUUACUCAAUGGAUUCCCACCUCAUCCUUAUGCUCUGGGACCACUUCCCUUCAUGCAUCUGGGUCACCCGAUGAUGUCACCACCUGUAUCCAUAGCGAUGGCGUCACACCUGGGAUUACGACCUGAUGGUUCUAUAAUUAAAGACAGAUCAAGUUCAGAAUCAGAUUUGAUGCCUGUCAGAAGUCGAGAAGAUGGUAUGGAGAGCAGUCGAGGGAUGUACAACCCCAAUUCACCAUAUACCACAGAACACAACCUUAAUAAAGGUCUUGGUCUCUAUACCAACAAUAAACCACUGAAUCUACAUGUUAAUGGUCACUAUAAAGAUGAUAAACCAUCCUCACACACUAGGAGUGAUGAAGAUGAGGAGAUGGAAGAUGAUAAAUUAUCAGAUGAUGACCCAGAGGAUGUCUCAUUAACUCAAUAA